UUGAGAAACAAACAAGAAGAAUCGCCAAAACCAAAAUCUAGAAAUCCCUUUUCUCUCUCUGCUGCUCCCUUUUUUCUUUGUUUUAAGUUUUUUUUUUAACAAAAAUUGGAACUUGACCAUGCAACAAUAAUACUUGUAUAUUCUCACAGCUUAUACUAUAAUCACAGACCAUUGUACUUCUACCAUUCUUUUGGGGUGAUUAUGGGAACAGCAGCGUCGUCAAUGGCGGCCAAAUUGGCCUUCUACCCACCAAGUCCACCGUCUUAUAACAUAGUAAUUGAUGAAGAAACUGGGAAACUGAGGAUUUCAAACGUCUGUCGGAGAGACGACGUGGACGUGUUGAAGCUUUCCACAAAGAAAAGGAAUGAGAUUGUUGCCAUUUACGUGAAGAACCCAUCAGCUUUGCUGACUGUUCUAUACUCUCACGGCAACGCUGCUGAUAUUGGCCAGAUGUAUCAUUUAUUCUCUGAGCUUAGCUUGAACCUAAACGUUAAUCUUAUGGGGUAUGAUUAUUCUGGGUAUGGACAGUCUUCUGGAAAGCCAAGUGAACAGCACACAUAUGCUGAUAUCGAGGCUGCAUACAAAUGCCUAAAGGAGACUUAUGGAGUGAAGGAGGAAGACGUUAUAUUGUAUGGUCAGUCAGUAGGCAGUGGGCCUACUCUUGAAUUGGCUACACAUUUGCCCCAAUUAAGAGCUGUUAUUCUUCACACUCCUAUCCUGUCUGGGAUUCGUGUCAUGUAUCCUGUCAAGAAAACAUACCGGUUCGAUAUCUAUAAGAACAUUGAUAAGAUUCCGCUUAUUAAUUGCCCAGUUCUGGUAAUCCAUGGAACUGAAGAUGAAGUCGUGGAUUUUUCCCAUGGUAAGCAGCUGUGGGAGCUUUGUAAAGAGAAGUAUGAGCCCUUGUGGCUCAAAGGAGGAAACCAUUCUAACUUGGAACUCUACCCGGAGUACCUGAGGCAUCUCAGGAGGUUCAUAUCCACCAUUGAGAAGCUGAAUUCACAUCUUAUAAUUGCAUCUGAACAAAGUUCAGAUCAACCUAAUCAGCCUUCGAAUUCCCCACAUGACAAUAUGGAAAAAUCAAGGCCAAGCACAGAUCACGGAGAUAAAGGGCCUAGUACUGGGCAUAAAGAAAUAACUGGGCUAAGCACAAAUGGCAGAGAGAAAGGAAGAGCUAGCAGAGACAGGAGAGAGAAGUCAAGAAAGAGCAUAGAUCGAGCAACCCAAGCCAGGAACAGCUUUGAGCGGUUGGGAGACAUGUUUAAAUCUGUGGGAUUUUGCAAUGUUGAUUGUUUGAAGCAGACAGCUUCCAAGGCUUGAGAUUGAAAAGUUAUUUCUUGUACAAAUGGGUUGUAAUAUGUCCUAAUUCUCUAGUUCUCUGUUUGUUUUUUGGGUUGGCAUCUUCACUUUGUAAUACACAAGCAAAUAAUUUAACUGGCCAAGCUCUUUUUCAGUCUUCAAAAUUCUUGUCUGCCAAAUUGCCAAUGAACAUACAUAAAGCUUCUACUCUUCUAUGUUAAUUGUCUUGGCUCUGUUACUCGAUCAUCAGCAGACUGCUUAUAUCUGCCAGGGUGAGAGAGGCUAUAGAUUCCUCCAGGAACAGAUGGAAACUGGCAAACUCCCAUGCCCUCAUAGGAAAACAACUUGCAUGUUUAAUGGCAAGGAAGCUUGCUCAUUCUCCAAGGAAUUGCCUUCCAUCUAUUGUAUCCUUUUAGGAAACCUAUAUAUAUU